AUGGAUGAUAAUAACAUAACAGAAAUAAAAGAUGGCGAUCCAACCCGAGCCCUUGUCUUAGUGGAAGCGCCAUCUAUAUUAGAAGUGCCAAAACGUAAAGUGGAAGGAAGUGUUAAAAAAAAGAGAAGGCGCGGGAAAUCUAAAAGAAAAAUCCUAAAACCAUUUUCUAAAAUGCCUUGGCAAGAAAGAAGAAAACUUGAUAAUAGUAAAAGAAACAACCGCUUCCGGAAAAUAGUUUUAUCAAAAACUCAGGCACCUUUUAAUAACAACCAAUUCUUAAUGGAAAUUCAUAAGCCAGAACCAGAAAAUAAUUUUCAUCUUUUCAGAACACCAUCUGCCCGUACAAGAGAUUCCAGUUUUAGUGUUGAUUCUGAAGAAAAUUAUUUUUUCUCACUUCCAGAGGAUGAAGAAGAGUACUUAACAAAAGAAUUUUCAAGUGUCUAUGAAGAUGCUCAAUGUGAGCGAUUAUCUAAUAUGUCCAAGAAUGAAUUAAUUCAAGAAUAUCUUGUACUUGAAGCUAAAUAUGAUAAUUUAAUUAAAAGAAGUGAACGCAAUAGGGCUAAAGAUACAGAAGAUGACAAAGAUCUAAAUACUGCCGUUAAAGAUGAAUCAGUAACAGAUAAGGAUGAUAUGUUAACUGAUAAAGACACAUUUGGUGCAUCUAUAGUUUCUGGAUCAUUAGAUGAACCUUCUUUAUCUGAUAUUAUGAUGCGUUUAAAGGAUCAAGAACAGCAAAUAGCAGAACUUCAACUAACAAAUGAAAAACUAUUGCUUGAGAAUGACCAUUUAAGACAAAGAAAUCAAGGUUCAAGUGAAGAUUCAGAGAGUGAUAGUUCCUCUACUUCAGACAGCUGUAGCAGUUCUAGUGGUUCUAGUCCAGAACAUGAACCAACAGUGGAAAAUGGUGACAUUACUGAUCCUACACCAGUAAAUGGUGAACACAUUGAGAAUGGCCUACCUUUGGUUAAUGGAUUCCACAGCCCAAGUGAU